ACUUCACUUUUCAUUAUUACCGCUUCGGCUUCGGGUUUAAAAAUCCCGCCCCCAACUGCAACUGCAACUGCCCUCUUCAAACCAAUCCCUCAAUUAAUUCAUUUCUUCAAUCCAAUUCCACCCCAUCUUUAAUCUCUCUUUUUCCCACGGAUGCGCGACCCGGUUGAGGAAGUUGUGAGCCUCGAAAUGGAUCCACCGGAGGAAAUUUAUGGCGCCGAUGACUAUGAUGAUUUUUCUUUUGUUUGUUCAAAUCCGGACGGCUCUCCGAUCAGUGCAGAAGAUGCCUUCGUUAACGGCCAGAUUCGCCCCGUCUUCCCCGUGUUCGACCAACGCCUUCUGUUUUCCCAGACGAAGGCGGAGGAAACGACGUCGCUUCCGCUUCCGGUUCGAGUUCGACCCCAGGCCCAGUUGAAGAAGCUAUUCAUGGAAGACGAAGAACUUCGUUCGGAUACUCAGGAUUUGACACGUGUUGCGCCGGAAAUAUACUGUGAGUGGUCCCCGCGGAAGGUGGGGGAGGCGGCGCCGGAGCUGGGGAAGAAGAGCUACUCCACGGGGUUCUCGAAGCUGUGGAGGUUCGGGGACAGGAUUCGCCGGAGCAGCAGCGACGGCAAGGAGGCGUUCGUGUUCUUGAGAAGUCCGUCGUCGGGCGGCGGCGGCGAGGCGAAGUUAAAGGCGAAUGGAGGGUCGGGGUCGGGGUCAGGGUCAGGGAGGCGGACGAAAGGGGAAAGGGAAACGGCGUCGUGUUAUCACGAGCGGCAUUACGCGAGAAAUAGAGCGGAGAACGAGAUGAAUAAACGGAAAUCGUAUCUGCCGUAUAGGAGUAAUCUCGUGGGCUUCUUCACCAGCGUUAAUAAUAAUAAUAAUAAUAAUAAUAAUAAUGGUCUCACAAGAAAUCCUCACUCCUUCUGAGUUCUGCAGCAGCAUUGGAAUUGUUUUUUUUUUUUUUUAACUUAUUUGUUGAUUUAUUAACUCAUUGUCUAUUUUAUUCAUUAAUUUAUUUCUUGUUUAUCUUUUGAGAUGGGAUAUUUCUGAAAGAAACCUCAAUCUUUAGCCGGA